UUUUCAUACAUAUAUGCAGUUUCAAAUAUAUUUUCAAUACAAUAGAAAGCUUCUUCUCUCAAGUUUCUAAAGCUAAAAAUGUCGACCACCAUUGAUGUUCCAGAAUCAAGUAAAGCUGCUAAAGCUGUUUCAGUUGCAACCCCAAUAAGGCCAGGAGGAUGGAAGAAAGGGAUAGCCAUAGUGGACUUUGUUCUAAGGUUAGGUGCAAUAGCUGCAGCUCUAGGUGCUGCUACCACAAUGGCAACAGCCGAUCAGACCCUCCCCUUCUUCACUCAGUUCUUUCAGUUCGAAGCUAGUUAUGAUAGCUUUACUACCUUCCAGUUUUUCGUGAUUACAAUGGCAUUGGUGGGUGGCUACCUAGUCCUUUCCCUGCCUUUGUCUAUAGUAACCAUCAUCCGUCCUUAUGCUGUUGGACCAAGGCUUUUCCUCAUCAUCCUAGACACUGUGUUUCUGACUUUGGCAACUGCUAGUGCUGCUUCUGCUGCUGCGGUGGUUUACGUGGCUCACAACGGCAAUCAAGACUCCAACUGGCUUGCCAUCUGCAAUCAGUUUGGAGAUUUCUGUGCGCAAACCAGUGGAGCUGUCGUGUCAUCACUCGUUGCGGUGGUUGUCCUCGUCUUGUUGAUUGUUAUGUCUGCUUUGGCUCUUGGAAAACAUUAAUUAGGAUCUUUUGAUCGAUUCAAUCAUAUGCAGGGGCUUAAGUUGCCUGUAUUUUAUGUUGUUAUGUUUGGUUUUGUUUGUUGGGGUGUUCCACAAGUUUUCUCAGGUGCAUUAAUUUUCUUUUUUUAUCUUGUUGGGUUACCGGUGGGCAAAGUGUCCCAACGUUGAUUUCCUUUUAUGAAUUACUGAAAUGUAAAUUAAAUUGGUUGCUCGCACUAAUUUUGAAAUCACUAAAGACAUUUAAGAUUUCCUCUC